UUACAGUUCGUCUACAACAUGAUGGUCUGCAGCAAAAGCCAUGACAACAAACUAAUCGAGGAAUUCAUUCUGAUGUCACCUGCGCCGGUCGAUACUGCGGCAAAACUAUCCAACAUCUACAUGAAGCUUUCCGAAAAAGAAACAGAGCGCGCGAAAGAUUUAAUUACGGCAGGAAAACUGUGCGAAGCAAUGGCCAUCGAGUUGCUGACUCUGGCAGCGGGCAUCGAUUCGGCCGAUAAAAUCUUGACGUCAAUAGAUCACAGGAAUGUUCAGUUCCUUGACGUAUUGAUUGAGAACGAACAGAAGGACAUAAUCGCGCACACCGUGGUGCAGCGCUACCUAAAAGAGCUGUGGCAGGGUAGCGUGAAUUGGAAUAUGUUUAAGACGAUCCUGCUGUUCAUUGUCUUCAUCGUUUGUCCGCCGGUCUGGAUGAUGUUCGCUCUUCCGCUCGGGCACAAGUACAAUAACGUGCCUAUCAUCAAGUUCAUUACGUAUUUCACGUCGCAUAUCUACCUGAUGGUCUUCCUGUUGCUGGUCGGCAUCACGCCGAAUUCAGUGCAGAGAAACAGCUUGAUACCAUACUGGUACGAGGUAUGCCUGCUGGUAAUGCUGUCGGGAUUUUUGCUCUUCGAACUAAUGAAUCCCAGCGACAAGAGCGGCCUCGGUUGGAUCAAACUGGCAGUGCUAUUCUUUGGCAUAUUCGGUGUCGCGAUUCACCUGUCAGGAUUAAUCGUCGAUAGACCGUACUGGAAAAUUUGUAUUUAUCUGAGAAACCAGCUUUUUGCUUUCAGUUUCCUUUUAGCUUGCGUGCAAAUCAUGGAUUUCCUGUCAUUUCAUCAUCUCUUCGGGCCGUGGGCCAUCAUCAUCGUUCAUCGCGCUCAAUCAGCGGUUGUAUAAAUCACAGGGACCCAGAAACUUGCUGUUCAGAUACCAGCCGUACCAUCCAUCAGCGAGGGGAGUAACGGCCGAAAGUAAGCGCGAGA